GGAAGAGAGAGAGAGAGGUAGAGAGAGAAGUAUAGGGAGCGGGAGAGAGAGGGAGGUAGAGAGAGAAGUAUAGGGAGUGGGAGAGAGAGAGAGAGGUAGAGAGAGAAGUAGAGGGAGUGGGAGAGAGGGAGGUCGAAGAGAAAAAGGGAGCAGCGGCGCCGACACCUGAGGUCCUUUUCAGUGGCGUAGUGAAGAUUUCCAGUGGAGUGGUGACAGACCUUUCAACCUGAAAGUACAGAGGUGGAGCGUUCUCUUGGCUCGCUGUGAUUGGCCGGGACUCUGAUGAUGGCCCCAGAGGCUCUGUGGAAAGACCCACAAUCCUCGGCUCUCUGAUUUGCAGCAACAGCCUCUGUUGAAAAAACAUACCACAACAAAACUCCUCCAAGCCAUGAUGUCAGUCUGCGUGCCCUCCCCAUGUAACUCCUCCCCUUCUGUGGAUGUGGCCAAUCACAAUGGACCCUCUGCGACUCCGCCCACUUCCCUUAGUCUACUCUCCUCCCACAACCAGCUGCUUAGCGGCGAUGUCGUCAAACAGGGCCAGGCCACGCCCCCAAAGUGUCGUAAGAAGUAUGCACUGACAAGCAUUCAGAGCGCUAUGGGCCUGAGUGAUGGCCCCGCCCCACCUGCUUCAUCAUCAUCCACCUCCUCCUUCACAGCUUCUGCAGCCAACCUGAAACUGGCGAAAAACGGAGCCAACCAGAUGCGCAAAGCAGCCGAACUGCACGACCAAAACAAAAACACGACCAAUGAGGACGAGGUUGGAAACACAACAGCAGACUCUGAGCUUAUUGUAGACCACGAGCUGCAUGCUGACCUGGAUUUAAGCAUUGACAGCCGAACAGAGCUUGACCACACUCAAACUGAUGACUCUGACAGUAUUAGCGAGCUAGCUAAAGAGGACACAAGCGACUUUGUUAACGACGAUGAUGCUAUUGAGGAGGAUCAAGUUCAGGACUCCAACACAAACCCGUUUGAGGAGGAUUCUGACGAUCUGCUCAUUCUGUCAGAAAAAACGGAGCUCACCCUCGACAGGAAGUCGCCGCAGUUCCGAAAGGCCAAGAGCCUCCUGGAGUCGCAUGUUGAUGACCUGACACUGGAUGAGCCAAGUGCGGAGGAUGAUGAUAUCACUGAACCGCUGUUGAAAGAGCAGAAGAACCCCAGUCCUCCGUCACCAAGGAAACAGCGCAGCCCUGAAGACACGCCCCUGCUCUCCGUCGGGUCCUCCUCUGCCUCCUCCUCCCCUGAGACGAAGAAAGACAGGCCUCGGACGGGUGCCAAGACGGACCGUGCUUUGAACCGCAUUCAGAACCUUCCACACAGUGACGAAGAGUCCAGCUGGACUACUCUGUCCCAAGACAGCGCAUCACUGGGCUCGCCAGAGGAGAACGAUAUCUGGGGGGAGCAGUCGUUCCAGACAGAUCCUGAUCUGCCCCCAGGAUGGAAGAUGAUGACGGACAUGGCUGGCAUUUAUUACUGGCACAUUCCCACAGGCACCACACAGUGGGAGAGACCAGGGCCGUGCCACCCUGCACCAACCGGCCCUAAUCACGACACACGCAAGCACUCGCUGGGCUCUCUCUCCCCCUCACCCACUCCUGACCAUGAGGGGUCUCAUGCUGAGGUGUUUUUUGGAGCAUCCUGUCGUUCUGGAAGCACCACGUCGGACAGCUCAACGGAUCCUGUCCCUCUCGCCCCCUCGUCCUGUCUGGACCCAGCACCUCUCCUCUCCUCUAACUCCUCCUCUUCCUCCGAGGCCAACGUUCCUUCCUGUGGAUUCGUCAAUAGCUGCUAUUUUCCUCGAUCCUCAUCGCUGCAGAUCCUGCCAGAGAAAGACAGACACACUGAAACACACCAUCGAGAGGAGGACAAGAAACAGCCCUGGAGUGAUUUUGCAGUGGGAAAAAUUGAUAGUGAGAUCUGGAAGGAUCUUCAGGCUGCUACAGUGAACCCUGACCCCAGUCUGAAGGAGUUUGAAGGAGCUACUCUGCGCUACGCCUCCCUCAAGCUACGACAUCCUGCUCCUGUAGAAGAAGAAGACUCCAGCAGCAUUAACAGUGACCCCGAAGCCAAGUGUUUUGCAGUGCGCUCUCUGGGCUGGGUUGAGAUGGCUGAAGAGGACUUGGCUCCGGGGAAAAGCAGUGUGGCUGUUAAUAACUGCAUCCGCCAACUUUCCUACUGCAAGAACGAUAUCAGAGAUACAGUCGGCAUCUGGGGAGAGGGGAAGGAUAUGUAUCUGAUUCUGGAGAAUAACAUGCUGAAUCUAGUCGACCCAAUGGACCGCAGUGUUCUUCACUCUCAGCCAAUCGCAAGCAUCCGUGUUUGGGGUGUAGGCCGGGACAACGGCAGAGAGAGGGAUUUUGCAUAUGUAGCUCGGGAUAAGGACACUCGGAUAUUAAAAUGUCAUGUUUUCCGCUGUGACACGCCUGCCAAAGCCAUCGCCACCAGUCUGCAUGAGAUCUGCUCUCGGAUCAUGGCGGAGCGUAAGAAUGCCAAAGCUAUGGCUGGAGGAUCACUGCAGGACAGGAGCCACGCAGGACUUGAUGUCCCACUGCAAGCAGAGUUUCCCACACCAAAAACCGAACUGGUACAGAAGUUUCAGGUGUUAUACAUUGGUAUGAUGCCAGUAGCCAGACCCAUAGGCAUGGACGUUCUCAACAGUGCAGUGGAUAGUCUGAUGACAUCAUCAGCCCGAGACGAGUGGACUCCAGUGAUGCUGAAUGUAGCUGAUGCGACUGUCACAGUCAUCAAGGAGAAGGAGGAAGAGGAAGUCCUUGUGGAGUGCCGCGUUCGCUUCCUGUCGUUCAUGGGCGUGGGCAGAGAUGUGCACACCUUUGCCUUCAUCAUGGACACAGGCAACCAGCAUUUUGAGUGUCAUGUGUUUUGGUGUGAGCCCAACGCCGGCAGCGUGUCAGAAGCUGUACAGGCUGCAUGCAUGUUGAGAUAUCAGAAGUGCUUGGUUGCUCGCCCGCCAUCUCAGAAGGCUUGCUCACAGGUACCCCCUUCAGACUCCGUGACGCGUCGCGUCUCCACCAGCGUUAAGCGCGGCGUUUUGUCCCUCAUCGACACCCUCAAGCAGAAGAGACCAGUCACUGAGCUGCCUCAAUAAUCACACACACAUUCACAGACACACACACACACAUUCUUGCCUACGCUCACAUACUCAUGCAUUCAGUCAACAUGCCUGGACCCCCGCAAAUGUGCUCUGCAUUGGGGAGCUGAAGAGGAAGAUUUAACAAAGAAUGGAAGAUGUCUAACAGAAAAUGUGUUGAUGCCAAGCAAAGACUCAAAACACACUCUUCUACACGCACACACACACACACACAAGCACACAGACACUUAGGGUUGGUUUUCCAGUUGGAGAUUAAGUCCAGUCCAGGGGCUGUAUUACAAAAACAUCCUAAAACUUUAGUCCUCAUUUUCUGCAAGUUCAUAUUACAGAAGUAAAUCUUAAUUUGUUUAGAAACAUCUCACAACAUCUUAUCUCAAGUUAGUAGAACUACUCCUAUAAGACUCCUUUGUUGUCUGUAGUUAGGAAAAGAUAUUGAACUUAGGAACUAUUACUCUGUAAUAGCUACUGUCCUAAAUUCAGUCCUAACUGAAGUUGUCAUGGUGACUAAACAGAAGAGUUAGGAUGUUUCUGUAACGCAGCGUCAGGCCUACAUUUUACUUUCAAUGGGGAAUCUCUAUUCAGAAUGCUGUGUAGUCCAGGAAUAGGCUUAACCCUACAUGCACACCUCUGAUCCUUCAUCAUAUCUAGCUUGUUGUGGAUCCGCCUCCUGUAUCAUGGACUGUCAGUCAUGACCUUAAUCUGCAUGAUUAGCCACACCUCUUCAGCAUGACACAGAACAGGCUCCGCCCAUCUACAGAAACUGAAUACUGGGGCCUUCGUGGAUCUGAUAUUCUAGAAAGAUCAAAGUGUGUGUGUGUGUGUGUGUGUGUGUGUAUGCGUGGGAUUCUCCAGACAGAUCAAAUCCGACUGCUUAACCUCACUAGAGCUUCCUCUGUACAAUCCCAGCUGGCCGUAGUAGGUGCAUGAAUGCGUGUGUGUGUAUGUAUAUGUGUACUGUAUAUGUGUAAAUUGCUGCUGCUUCAUCAGAACUUCUAAAGCAUCUUUAGAGGACCUCUGAACUCCUACACAAAGCAUGUGUGUGGUUUUUUUUUCUACUUCUUGUGUCACUGCCUUCAUCAUCAUCGGUGAAAGGGUGGACAGUGGUGUGGGGAAGUCCGUUCCCAGCAGGUAGAGGAGAAAAAUAAUUUUUCCCUUUGUUUCUGGCAGCAGUGUGUCAUAUUGACUUAGUAUCCCAGAACAGUGACUGAUAUUCUUAAAAUUUAGACGUAGUGUCUUGAAAUAAUGAAUUAAAUUUUUAAAAAGAAGUUAUUUUGGGAGUGAUAAACCAUUAUUAGGAGAUACUUAAGUCAUUUGACAAAGCAAGUCAGUAUUUUGAGAUAUUAAGUCAAUAUUUACAGAACAUAAGUCACUGUUUUAAGAUUAUAGGUCAAUAUUUCAAGAAAAUGAGUCAUUAUUUCAAGAUACUAAGUCAAUAUUUUGUCAUAUUGGUACCAGAAACACAGGCCAAUUUUUCUCCUCUGACUGGCUGGAAUGGGCUUCCAUACAGAGAGGAUGAAUGGACGGACGUAUUUAAGCGAACAAACGUCAGAAACUUGUGCCGCUGUGAUGCUGAGCAUUAAAUGUGUAAAUACAGAUCGAAGCUUUCACCAAAAAGACAGAGUAAUAUAGAGACGCUGUUGUUUUUUUAAUGGGACUGUAUUGACAGCCCGUUUGCUGGACUCACCUCAGCACUGCUGACUCGGAGCUGUGGAAAGAAAUGUGUAACGUACGCCCCCCACUGAACUUGAAACACACACCCACACAUAAUCCUCUUGAUGGAUCAGACACCUUGACGCCUACCCAGGCGACAAAAGGGGUCGCCCUGUGGAUUUGUCUGAUUCGGAAUCUGUGGAUGUGCUUAUUUUAUAUUUCCACAGUGAAGCUGCCUUCACAAUUCCGUUCGAGCAGAGACGGCUUAAAGAAUGCUCGAACGGAUACUAAUAUGAUGAGGUGAACUACGGAACCCAUCUUUGAGCUGGACAGUUUGUUUGCAUGGGGAUGGACUCAAGCCCAAACAUCCUGCGCCCUCCCUUUAACUCCUUAUACUUGCUUGGGGCAGAUGAGAAAUCAGUGAGAUCAUUGUUGAGGGACAAACACUCUGGAUCUAAAGGAACUCCUCAACUGAGCAGUGCUUCCAGGUGAGCGGGCGUGUUGAACUGUGCUCUAAAAGUGGAACUGUGCUAAAACUGUUUCAGCUCUACGCCUUUGUCCUCAUUUCGGCCAUCGUUUUCAUUGUCUGGAUCGACCAGCUUCUCACUCAACAUACAUGCAUCUGUGAACUUGCUGCACUCUGGGGUUUGUAGUUUCCUCCUGCCUUGUUGGCUGUAGUCCUAAUCUUGUCGCUCCCUCACAGUGGGGUUCCAAGCAGUCAUCUGUGUGUGUGUAUGUGUGUGUACAGUAUCUAUAUAUAACAUUUUUGCGAACACUUAUCACGUUAUAAGCUAUCUUUUAUUUUUCGAAUUUGAGAUUCUCUUAUUUUGUCAUAGUUUCUUUUUUCUGAUAUUAUUUUGCCUUGGCAUGUCUUGUGAACACAUUCUGGCCAAAUGUAUAAAAUCCAUUGUAUGUGUUGUAGAUAAACCAAUGGACAAAAGCAAAGAGAUGAAAAAGAGCGAAAGACAGAUGAAUUUAUUUUAUGGUUGGCUGUAGGAGAGGAGGUUAUGAACCGUAAGUGUCUAAUCUAUGCAUUCUUUUAGCUCUGAGGACAAUUAGGGGGAAAGUGAGAAAUAAAAAAGACACAUUGCCUUGCAUGUCCUGGGACAAUUUCAGAAGAAGAAGAAAAAGACGUACUGAACAGAAAUGAUAUUUUUUAUUUUAUUUAUUCUAUUUUAUAUCGGUAUAUACUGGUUUCAUUGUAAUCUAUUCUGUGCUCAGACAUUCUCUUCACCGUUGCUCACAUUAAACAAAUCACUCCAUAUUUCUGAAGAACAAAAGAAGAAGGAAAAAAAAGACAACCUUAAAAUCCACAAUCCUUGUACAGUUGCCCUGGUUAAUCCUGUGAAAGUUGAUGUUCACUUACAGAAGCUGCCACUGUUACCAUAAAACCUGUAGGACAAAUACACUAAUAAGAUGCCAAUAUUUGAGCCAUUUUUGCCAACAAAUGCAAGAAAUUUAAGAAAGUACAUUGCCAGAUGUUUUCCAGAGGGGGAAAAAUGUGAAAAUGCCAUACAGAUGUUUCUCACCUACCUGUUAAAAUGUAUUGGUUUAAGAUCUAUAUAUAUAUAUUAAUCUAUGACCCUCUUAGACCACCCUACUUCACAUUUUCUGAAUUGAGGGUGUAUUGGAGUAUUGUGUAUACAUUGAUUCUGUGUGACUUUAAAUUAGGGAAGCACAGAUGUGAGAAUUGUGGGCCAAUGUUGAUAUCCAAAAUUUUUCAUAUACAUAUCUGUUGAUGCCAAAGCUAAUACCGUUACAUAUUUAUAAAAGGUAGAAAUUGGCAUUACAACUACAUAAAUUAGUGCUAUAGAGAAAUAUAAUAUUACUGCAGGAUAAUGCAGACAUUUGUGCACAGCAACCCAAAGUUGCUUGAAUAUUCUGCUCUUCCAGAGUACAAUAAAAACGGCUUCAAAUGUCUGCGUGAAAUAUCAGUGAAACCUAAACAUGCUGAUAAUUUGCUGUUUUUUUUUAAAAACAAUUAUCUGCCAAUACUGUUACCAUUACAUGUAUGCCAACUUUAAAUCAUUUUCUUUUGUGCAUCAAGCACACCCUCAAUUCCAGCACUGAUGUGAAGGCGAGAUUUUUAAUCUGUUGAUGUUUAUAAGAAUAAGAAUUUUACCUUUUACUUGUACCCCCCCUUUUUUAAGUAUUGUUUUAUAUAGUUCUUGUAUGUCAGAUUCGUUCAGCCUGUACAUUUCAGUGUUAUUAAUGAGCCUUUUUCCGUUCUUUUUAGUGUACUCUGUAGGCUGAGAGUUGGUCAGGUGCACAUGGAGCAUGCGAGUACAGAGAUCAGGAGAGUCCUGUGCAGAUUCAUAGGAUUAUUCCCCUCUUUCAAGGCAGGGCAGUGGCUUUCUUCUUCAAAUCUGGUAGAGAUCUCAGUUAUGGGUCAAACACACAAACACAAACACUUACGUACUUGUGGAAACGUUGGCUUCUUCUGCUCUACACUAAUUUGUACACCAUAUUAAAUGUAAUCUGUUGUGAGAAUAAACGGCAUAUCAAAAUAAUCA